AUGUCUACUACAGAUGCCACUAUCAACACCAAGACGGGCAGUCACCCCGUGGAUCCCUACAAGACCCAGAACUUCGAAGACCCGCCUCUCCCUCAGAAGAUCGAAGAGCUGGUUGAAUUUAUCAACAUAGUUAAAUUUGGCAUGUUGACAACCAAGCAGUCAGAGGGCGACUUUCUGGCCUCAAGAUGCAUGGCAUUAGCCGCGACGGAAAACGGCGGCGUUGACCUCAUCUUCCACACAAACCUCUUCUCCGGCAAAACAAUGGAUCUCACCGUGCACCCCAAAGAAACAAAUAUGUCCUUCCUGGACCUCAGCAGCGGAGCCUGGGCCUCCAUCUCAGGCACUGCAUCAGUGAUCGGUGAUACCGCCAUCGUGAAGAAGUACUACUCGCCUGCACUCAAGGCAUGGCUUGGUGAUAUGGGCGAUGGCGUGCACGAUGGUGGACCAUCAGACCCCCGCAUUGGUCUUAUUAAGCUCCAGGCCAAGUUGGCCACACAUGUUGUUGCGCACAAGAGCAUGAUUGGCCGUGCCUAUGAAACUGUUAAGGGUGCUGUACAGGGCAACGUUCCUCAUGUCAAUGGCAUUCGGGAGCUGAGUUUGAAGGAAUUGGCUGAGUGUCGGUUGAUGCGACAUAUCAGUGCUAUGGCACUCCUCAUUGAAGUUGGGGAAGAUGAGUACCAGCCUACAAACUAUACCAAGGCGCUGAGCCUUCCUCAGAUUGGACAUGGGUAUCUCAGCCUUACCGCGUCCACUGGUGCAGGAACUUUGAAAUUCCACGAAUUUUCCCGUAAGCGUGGUUGGAUGAAUCCGACAGAUCCCUGGGACACAUCCCUAAUGUAUGCCUAUGGUACCGGCAAGAACAUAUUUCCCUGGGUGCGGGAUUUGGGCUACGGAGAUCACCUGAAUGAUUACCUUGGUGGUUACAACCUGGGUCGCCCACACUGGAUGGACCCCAGUGUCUACCCUGUGCAGGAGAGGCUUAUUGACGGUGCCGAUUCUAGCCCAGGUGCACCAUUUCUGGUGGACAUAGGCGGCAACGUGGGCCAUGACUUGAAGAGAUUCCAGAGUCGCUAUCCGAACGUCCCCGGAAAAUUGAUCCUUCAAGAUUUGCCUAUGAUGAUUGACCAGAUCAAGGAUCUAGAUUCGGCUAUCAUCCGAAUGGGUUAUGACUUCCAUGAUGAACAGCCCGUCAAAGGUGCCCGUGCCUAUUAUAUACACUCAACUCUACAUAACUGGUCAGACGAUGUGUGUGAAAUAAUACUUACACGAGUGAAAGAGGCUAUGAAGACUGGAUACAGCAGACUAUUGCUCAACGAGAACGUUAUGCCGAACAUCGGUGCCCAUUGGGAGACUACAGGACUCGAUAUGAUUAUGUUAACCCUAUUCUCUGCGGAACAGCGGACUAGCACAGCAUGGUAUGACUUGAUUGAAAGGAGGGCGGGUUUGAAGGUUGUCAAAGUGUGGGACGGUGGAAAGGGGGUAGAAAAUGUGAUUGAGUGUGAGCUGGUCUAA